AUGAAAAUUAUUGCUAUUAUUGCUCUCUUGGCUGUUACUGCCUCCGCAUCUUUGUUAGAAGACAAGUGCUUCAUGAAUGCUGCUGGUAAAACUGUAUUCACUGUUGCUAACACUCUUAAAGAAAUUACCAGUAUUGAGAACUUAGAUUAAUAUGAAACAAUUUUGGCUUAAGUUGCUGAAUUAAAGGCUGCUUACACCAUGUGCAAUAUCUAAGACAAGAUCCCCAACACCUCCGUUAGUAAAAUCCUCCAAAAUUUAGGAGUUGGUGAUCUCCUACUUUCUAAGUGCACAUAAGACUUAGGUGGCUUUUUCUUGAUCGUUAGCUCUAUUAUUGAAGAUCACUCAAACAUUCCUACUGAUAUUGUUGGUGUUAUCGCUGCUGCACUUAUGGGAAAAUCAGCUUACGGUGACUGUGGUCAAUUCAUCGCUUUCCUCAAAUAACUUUGA